AUGUUGUUCAGAUCCAUUCCAUCCCAAAAGGUGGUCUCUAACUACGCCAAGGUCCUUGCCAGAAACAUUUCCACCAAACAACACGAUGUCGUUGUCAUUGGUGGUGGUCCAGGUGGUUACAUCGCUGCCAUCAAGGCUGCUCAAUUAGGGUUCAACACUGCCUGUAUCGAAAAGAGAGGUGCCUUGGGUGGUACUUGUCUUAACGUUGGUUGUAUUCCUUCCAAGUCCCUUUUGAAUAACUCUCACUUGUACCAUCAAAUCUUACAUGACACUGAAAAGAGAGGUAUCAAGGUUAAGGAUGUCGAAAUCGACAUUGCUGGCUUGCAAGCCGCUAAGGAUCUCUCUGUCAAACAAUUGACUGGAGGUGUUGAAAUGUUGCUCAAGAAAAACAAGGUCACCUACUACAAGGGUAACGGUUCCUUUGUUGAUGAACACAAGAUCAAGGUUGAACCAAUUGAAGAAGGGGUUGAAGAAUCUAUUCUUGACGCUAAGAACAUCAUCAUUGCCACCGGUUCCGAAGUCACUCCAUUCCCUGGUAUCGAAAUCGAUGAGCAAAAGAUUGUUUCUUCUACCGGUAUCUUGUCCUUAAAGUCUAUUCCAAAGAAGUUGACCGUCAUUGGUGGUGGUAUCAUUGGUUUGGAAAUGGGUUCUGUUUACUCUAGAUUGGGUUCUGAAGUUACCGUCAUUGAAUUCCAAAGUGCCGUUGGUGGUGCUGGUAUGGAUGGUGAAGUUUCCAAGAAUGUUCAAAAGCUUUUAAAGAAACAAGGCUUCAACUUCAAGCUCGGUACUAAGGUCUUGGGUGCCAAGGUGAACGGUGAUGUUGUUGACAUCGAAUUUGAAGAUGUUAAAUCCGGUAAGAAGGAAUCUAUCCAAUCUGAUGUCUUAUUGGUUGCCGUCGGUAGAAGACCAUACUUGAAGGGUCUUAACGCUGAAGCCAUUGGUCUUGAAGUCGACCCAAAGAACAGAGUUGUCAUCAACAACAAAUUCGAAACUAAAUACCCACACAUCCAAGCCAUUGGUGAUGUCACUUUUGGUCCUAUGUUGGCUCACAAGGCUGAAGAAGAAGGUGUUGCUGCUGCCGAAUACAUCAAGACUGGCCACGGUCACGUUAACUACAAUGUCAUCCCAGCCGUUAUGUACACUCACCCAGAAGUCGCCUGGGUUGGUAAGACCGAAGAAGAAUUGAAGGCUGAAGGUAUUGCUUACAAAAUUGGUAAGUUCCCAUUCGUUGCCAACUCCAGAGCUAAGACCAACUUGGACACUGAAGGUUUUGUCAAGAUUUUGGCUGAUAAGGAAACCGACAGAAUGUUGGGUGCCCACAUCAUUGGUCCAAACGCUGGUGAAAUGAUUGCCGAGGCUGGUUUGGCCAUUGAAUACGGUGCCAGUGCUGAAGAUGUCGGUAGAGUUUGUCACGCUCACCCAACCUUGUCCGAAGCUUUUAAAGAAGGUUGUUUGGCUGCUUAUGACAAGCCAUUGAACUUCUAA